CCGGGCAUUGCUGCUCCAAACCCAAACGAUAUCUUUCUUACGGUCAAUCAAUCAUUCUGCUAAACCUCCACUUAUUGCUUUGAGAAGAGCAGCUUGCGAAUUACGGUGCGGCGAAUGGUACCAAACACCCCGGGCCCUGUCCCCUGUCAUUGCAAAGGCCGGCGCCAAGUCGGGGUAAAGCCGGCCGAAGAGUGAGGGGCACUUUCCACCGCGCCGAGGACAAUGGGUGACAACACACCACCAACUAUUAUUUGAUUUACAUCAAUCUCCUUACUACGCCUGCCAGAAGAAGCUCCAACUAGGCUACGACCUAGACCCAGCUCACGCCCCUUAUCCUUUUUCUCAACAGGCACCCCGGCCCCCUACUUUGAGAUUCCUUGCAUCCGACAUGUCGACCAUACCAGGCCAUGUCUUAGUUACCGGCGCUACAGGGUUCAUCGGGGCGCACGUCGUAGAUGUUCUCCUGUCCCGGGGGCUCAGGGUCCGCGGCGCUACCCGAUCUCUCGCGAAAGGGGAUGCCAUGAUAAAGGCUCGGCCCGAGUACGCCGGCAGGCUUGACUUCAUCCAAAUCGAUGACUUUGAAAAUCUUGGUGUCUUCUCCAAGGCUAUCAAAGAUGUCGACGCCGUGGUCCACGUUGCUAGUCCAUUCACCUACGACACCGAGAAUAACGAGAGAGAAUUAAUCAUACCAGCCAUCAACGGCGUGCGGUCUAUCUUGGAAGCAGCUGCCACCAACCCCAAAAUCACUCGAGUGGUCAUCACUUCCUCCUUCGCAUCCGUCCUCGACGUUAAACGCAAGUCGCCACCAUAUUUCACAUACACGGGUGAAGAUUGGAACCCCCUGACCUACGAAGAGGCCGCAUCUCCGGAGACAAGCGCCGUAGUUGCCUACCGAGGCUCCAAGAAAUUCGCAGAAAAGGCGGCAUGGGAUUUCGUCCAGGAGCACAGCCCUCGCUUCGACAUUGUAACAUUGUGUCCGCCAAUGACCUUUGGACCAGUGGUUCACCCCGUAAGCAGCGUCGAUAAGUUAAACGAGUCAAACGCAAUGCUUUGGAAGGUCGCAUGUGGACAGAAGCCCCUGCCUGUUGCUCGCGUGCCAUUCUGGAUCGAUGUCAGAGACCUUGCUGUGGCGCACGUGGAAGCGCUGUUCAGACCAGAGGUGGGCAAAAGGAGGUUCAUCCCGACAGCCAAAGAUCGAUUCUCUUAUGAUCUUGCUGCCAAGAUAAUCGAGGAGAAGUUCGGUUGGGCCAGGGGCAAGGUUGCGCGAGAAGAGCAAGUGAUCGACACUUCGCAUGGGCUGGAUGGGGAAACGGCGGCGAGAGAGCUUGGCUUCGAGUACCGAACUUUUGAUCAAACGGUCGUCGACCUCAUUGACCAGGUAACGAAAAUAGAAGGUGGGGCAAUAUGAUUUCGAAGCGAGCAGCGCCGCUAUCACGAAAACACCAGGUGUUGGAAAUAGGCAGUAGCACAACUAGUUCCUUGAACAAUCUGCCUUGAGUUUGUGGUGAGGGGCCAGAAGGAUGUUAGGUAUCUGGAUGCAUAGGCAAAUCCUUUCAUCGACCGUACCUGGUAUUCCGAAGACUACAUAUCCUUUUAUUUCCCUUCGAUUCAUUGGUUUCUAGACUGUUCCGUAGCUGAUACGAAUUCUGCCUAAAUUGACGUUACUGUUGAAC